AUGGAUGCAGAGCGGUGUGCCCCGUGCCCAGACCGAGAGUAUCCAAACAGGGAGAGAAAUCACUGCCUCCCCAGGGCUGUGACCUUCCUGGCAUUCGAGGGUUCUCUGGGGAUGUCACUGGCCUGCACAGCUCUGUGCUUCUGUGUUAUCACAGCCGUAGUUUUGUGGGUCUUUGUGAAGCACCGACACACCCCCAUAGUCAAGGCCAAUAACCGGGCUCUCAGCCAUGUCCUGCUCAUCUCCCUCCUCCUGUGCUUCCUCUGCUCCUUACUCUUCAUCAAUCAUCCCCACACAGCCACCUGCAUCCUCCAACAGAUCACAUUUGGAUCUGUGUUCGCCGUGGCUGUGGCCACUGUUUUAGCCAAAACCCUGACUGUGAUCCUGGCAUUCAAGGCCAGGAAACCAGGAAGAACCAUGGGAUGAUUGCUGGUCACAGGAGCUACUAACUAUGUCUUUCCCAUGUGCUCCUUGAUCCAGGUGAUCAUCUGUGGUGUCUAGCUGGGAACCUCUCCCCCUUUCCUUGAGAUAGACACUCACUCUGAGCCCAAAGAGCUCCUCAUUGUGUGCAACAAGGGCUCAGUCACUGCCUUCUACUGUGUCCUGGGCUACCUGGGCUCCUUAGCCCUGGGGACCUUGUCCUUGGCUUUCCUGGACAGAAACCUGCCUGACGCCUUCAGUGAAGCCAAGUUCCCGACCUUCCGCAUGGUGGUGUUUCUCAGCGUCUGGGUCACCAUUCUCCCUGUCUACCACAGCACCAAGGGCAAGGUCAUGGCAGCCGUGGAGACCUUCUCCAUCUUGGCUUCUAGUGCUGGUCUCCUAGGCUGUAUCUUUGUCCCAAAGUGCUACAUUAUCCUCCUAAGACCUGUGAUGAAUUAUCUGAAAGGUUUAAAGAAUCAAAUAGAUUCCAAGAGAAAUUGGCAUGCAGAUUUUAUCUCAUAA